AUGAAUUCAUCAUCUAAAUCGUGUGAAGAAAAUCGUAAAUUAUAUUCACCAUGGUCUUCUCGUGUUCAUCCAUUAAUCUUUCUUCCGGUUUGGACUGUGGAAUUUGUGCUUGUCAUCAUGAUGUUAAAAGGUUUCAUAUAUUUUAUUAGCACAACAAAUGGUUUAACACGAUUAUCGGGUUAUAUUAUGUUUUUUGCAGUAUUAUUUGCAACUUUAUUAUUAAUUUAUCGUGUUGUUGAAUACUUAAUGGAUAUGAAGGUAAGUAGAUGUUAA